AUGAAAACUUUGUUCCAAAAUGUGUCUCAUUUAGGUGGCGCGGGGCGCGGCGGAGGCGUGGGCGGUCCAGGCUUCGCGCGUCGUCAGCGCACGAGCAUGCGCGCUAGGCCCGGGGAGACAGCCGCCCUCCGCUGCCGCGUCCUCAACUUAGCGGACCGAGCGGUAUCCUGGAUACGCUCCAGUGACCUGCAGAUCCUGACUCACGCCGGCACCGUGUUCACCGCCGACUCCCGGGUCACCGCCAUCACGGGGCAGGCGGAGGACGGCGGAGCGGAGCCCAGCGCAGAAGAGGGCGAGGGCUGGGAGGGCGCGGACGUCUACGACCAGACAUGGGAGAGUUCCGGGUCGAAGGGCGAGGAGACAGUCCACACGUUGCGGAUAGAGCGCCUCCGCCCUUCGGACUCCGGACGCUACGAGUGCCAGAUAAACACCGAGCCCAAGAUGAGCAUGUUCUUCAACUUGACCGUGACAGACUCGUCAUUGCCGGAGGUGGUGGUGAGAGCCCUGGGGCCGCGUCAAGUGACCGCCCCGGCGGGGGGCGCUGCGGAACUGGCCUGUGAGGCGCACUACGCGACCAAGCGGGGCGCCGCCCUGGGUGCUCUGCCCCCUCUGCGCAUCCGCUGGCACCACGGCGGCCGCGCGCUCGACUCCGAGAGGGCCCGUGGCGGAGUCUCACUGGAGGCAGAGCGGUGGGCGGGCGGUGCGCGCUCUCGGCUGACCCUGGCCGCCCUGGGCACGGAGCACUCCGGCCGCUGGCGCUGCAGCGUUUUCUCCGCGUCCGACACGCUCACCCUCAGAGUGCAGACCGACAGCGAGAGCGACAUGGAGGCGAUGCAACGCGACCAGGCCGUGGCGCGUGUGAGCAACGGAGCCCACUCGCAGCGAACACGGCUCGCAUACUCGCUGCCACUCGCGCGCUCGCUGCUACUCGCUGCGCUGACAGUGUGGCACUUACUCGCCCCGACC